AUGGACGCCACAGGCCGCUAUCUAGGCACGAAAGAGAUAAAAAACUACAAAAAUCUAUCCAAGCAAUUAUUUGCUGAAUUCCUUGGAACCUUCCUUUACUUAAGCAUAGUAUUGUCUGCUGGAAUCGCCCAUGGAACUAACAAUAAUACCGUUGUAGUCUCUUUGGCCAAUGGGCUAGUUGUAGCUAGUAUUGUACAAAUGUGUGGGCAUGUGUCCGGAGGUCAUAUAAAUCCUGCUGUAACCGUUGGUGCUCUUGUAUGUGGAUAUAUAAAGCCAUUAAAAGCCGUAUGCUAUGUUGCUGUGCAAGUUUUGGGCGGCAUUGCAGGUUCAGGAGUAGCCUACUUGGUUUCAGCGGAGAAAAUCAAAGGGAACCUCGGAGCCACAGUACCCUACACCGAGACCAGAUCAGACCAGGCUUUCGCACUGGAGUUCCUCAUGACGUUCCUCCUUGUAUCUGUCGUAUUAAGUGUACUGGACCCCAAAAGAGGGUCCAGGGGUCUUGGAUCCAGCCCGUUAGCCAUAGGCAUCUGCAUCACAGGUUGUCUUUGCUCAAGUAUACCCUAUACUUCCUCCUUAAACCCUGUCCGGUCUUUAGGACCUGCCGUAAUUAUGGGCAUUUAUAAAGUCUUUUGGGUGUACUGGGUUGGCCCCCUUUUGGGAGGUCUUGUAGCUGGAUUUGUCUACAGAUUCGUUCUGGGAGUAACCCAUAAUGAAUACAUUUUGAGAAAACAAUCUCAAUAA